UAGUUUCAUUCGACGAGUACCAGGCAAUCACCCUUUUUCCAUUCCACUGAACAGAAUGUUAAUUAGAUAUUUUGAAAGGAAAAUGGGUCGAAUUAAUGUCAUUUUCGGUGCAAAUUUCUUGUUGUGGUCACUUCAAACAAUUUCCGGUCAAUUGUUAAUCGCACAUAAUUUUUCACAAUGGGAAUCAAAUUUUGAAAAUAAUUCAAACGACGAUUUAGGUGAUCCAUUGGUACUGACCAAAUGGAUCAAAAGUGGAAAUAUAGCUGAGGCUCGUAAAUUGGCACGAGUUAAUGAAAGUGAAUUUCUGGAUGUAGUUAGUUACUCGGGAUUUUUAACGGUCAACAACGACUAUGAUUCGAAUCUAUUUUUCUGGUUUUUCCCAGCUGAAGGGACCGAACAACUCUAUGACGAUGAUAUAGAAAAAGCUGUUGGCGGUGAUCGUCCGGUUUUACUUUGGCUUCAAGGCGGUCCCGGGGUAUCUUCGAUGUUUGCUUUAUUCACCGAAAAUGGACCUUUUUUUGUGAAUGACAACGUUACGAUUCGAAAGAAUCCAUAUUCUUGGCAUAAGAAAUACAAUAUAAUAUUUAUCGAUAAUCCGGUUGGAACUGGUUUCAGCUAUACAAAUCCAGAUGGCUUAUGCACUAACGUUACACAAACCGCCGACCAUCUCUACAUUGCUUUGAAGCAAUUCUUCCGACUCUUUCCAUGGCUUCAAUCGAAUGAUUUUUACAUCACCGGCGAGUCAUAUGCCGGUAAAUACAUUCCGGCUACCGCCAAUGCCAUUUGGGAAGGAAAUAAAGUCGAUGAUCUUAUCAUUAAUUUACAAGGUUUGGCUCUUGGAAAUGCAUUCACUGAUCCAAUGAAUAUGAUUGAUUGUGCCGAUUUUGCCUAUCAAACCGGUCUCAUUGAUAUUCAUGGUAGAAAUCAGAUGAAAAUACACGAAUUGAAUGCUAAGGAAGCUUUUCCGAACAUUGAUACACUCGAACACGUGAAUAAAAUAUAUGGAGCAUUUUCGGAAAGUAGUCAAUUCAAAAGUUUAUACAAUAUUUUGAAACCGGAACCCAUAGACAUCGCCUCUUAUCGACAAUUCAUUGAACAAAGCCAAAUUCGACGUGCGCUUCAUGUAGGUGGUACACGCUUCUACCCGACGAGUGGAGAUGUGUAUGAGAAACUGAAAGCCGACAUUGUAAACACAGCAAUGCACUGGACUGAAAAAUUGUUGAACGAAGGUUUACGUAUCAUGUACUAUAGCGGUAAUUUGGAUUUCAUUGUUGCCUAUCCAUUAUCAAAGAAGGCUUAUCAGCAUAUGAAAUGGAAUGGCGCGGAAAAAUAUCUUUCAGCACGUCGCAAACCACUCAAAGUAAACUCCAAAUUGGCUGGUUACAUAAAAGCUACCGAUAAUUUUGUGGACGUCGUAGUUUUGAAUGCAGGUCAUAUGGUUCCAACCGAUCAACCUGAAGUGGCACUUGAUCUUAUCGAUCGCUUCAUUCGCAACGAUUUAUAAUGAAAUUGUGCAGUGGCGUACCUAUCUAGGGUCCCUAGGGGCAAGUCACUUCAAAAAUAGUUUUUUAAUUAUUUCGAUUAUUUGCCGAUUGUUUCGAUUAACGUUCGAUUCUCAUACACAUUAUUUUUCUUUAUAAUAUCAAACGUACACUUUUAUACUGAAGUAUCGGAGAUCAACUAGAAUUCACACAAACUGAAAAAAGUCAAUUCUAAUCCCAAAUAUUUGUAAAAAGUCUUCAGUUAAAAUAUUAAAACCACAUAUUUGAAAUAA